CACACUGGAUCUCAAAAUCUGGCGCUAAGCAACUUAAAAAGGAAGCGUCAUAGUUAAAUUAGUCAAAUGUCUUAUUUCCAUCUGACAAAAUGUCUAACGAUAUAGCUACUCUUUUAAAAGGCAACCGAUUGGAUGUGGAAACAGCCUGCAAAACUGUGGAGUCUAAAUUUCAGGAUAUUGCAAGAGGAUCUUGUCGAGGUGACGAUGCAUCCUAUGCAUUGAGAUUCGAUCUGAGUGUGCUGCGUCAUAUUUGCUUGGCUUUAAAAGAUAAUCUAUACCAGAAUGCCGAUCUAUACUGCGAUAUAGUGGCUGUUAUGCUGCCACAUGCAACACCCUACGAAGAGAAGCCCAGUUUAUGGGAGUCCCACUUAGUCAGUUUGCGUUACAUUCAUCAUGGCUUGUGGCAGCAGCGAUCCCUGAAAGCCUGCCAGAAGCUGUACAACCUCAUUCGAUCGCAACCCUGCCGCCUGCAAGCGGACACGGACCAUAAAAUAUACUUGGACAUACACUUGACCCACUUCAAUGGCUUGCAUUUGGAACUGCAGAAGCAAAACCUUCCCUUGGAGGCCACAAACCAACUGUGCCAUUCUCUAGAGGCCCUGGGUGAACUCUUUGAGGCCAUGAGGCAAAGAAAAAUUACCGAAAAUGGAAAACUUUUGGUGAAACUUAACGAGAACUUGUUUGGCAAAAGAGGCAGAACUUUCUUAAAAACCCUUAGCUUUCUGCCCUUGGAAAGUUUGUCUAAGAUGUUUAACUCGCUGCUUAAGCUCCUGGCCAGCAGUUCUACUUCGGACUUGGCCGAUCUAUAUCCUGAGUACCUGAGUUUUACCUUGGCCCUCGUGCAAAUCGAUACACUGGGCCCUCACGCAAACCAGCAACUAUCACUGCAGCUGUUACGCAUGUGCAAGGAGUUAUAUCGCCAGGAAACCAACCUAAGCUACGCACUGCAGCUGAUCUACUACUAUAUCAAGUUAAUCUACGUACGGGAGCCCACAGCCGACUUCAAACGCACCUAUACAGAUUUGUCGCGGAAGUUUCAGAGCUUUUUCGAGCACAAAGGAGCAGCUCAUGCCAAGGAGCAAUGGCUAACAGACCUUCUAGUGGCAAGUCAACGGCUGCAGGUUCUUAUACAUCAAAGUGGCAGUAAAUCCCAGUCGCCUUUCCAGUUCUUCUGGCAGCAAAUGGAGGGUGAGGGCAGUCCAGAGGCAUAUACAGCGCAUUUUCAGCUGCUGCAUAGCUGCGGUAUUUUGUCGGCGAAUGUGACAAGGAGUCCCCUGGGCGUCAGUUGCUCAAAUGAGGCCUGCAAGAGCUUAAGAAGGCAUUGCAUUCUGGCAUUUGGCUUGUGCGCACUGGAUGCCUACAUAAACUGGGAACCGUUGCAGGAGCAAAAGAGAGACAGGAGCCCGCACAAACCACUGAUUGCAAUAGUCAGCUACUCAAUGGACGUGGUUAAGACGAUGAAGUGUCUGGGUCCCACAAGCGUGGAGGUCAUCAAGCUCGUUCGCCAGCUGGUACAUGUAGCAGAUAAGGUGUCCUGUCCGGAGCAAAUGUCCCUGCUAUUGCCUCUAUUGGAACCACUGCAGAAGUUGCGGGCUCUGAUUGAUGGAAAGGAAAUGAAUAGCCUUCUGCGUCGUCUUUUUAAGGCCAGCUUCCACUGCAAAGAUCCCAACAUGGCCGGCCAGCUGCAAGCCAGUUAUUUGGCCUCGCUCACGAACCCCGCCCGACUACGUUCGCAGAUCUGUUUGCAUUACCACAAUCAGGAAAAGGAAGGCAAGGAGAUCAGCAAGUGCGUCUACGAGUGGCACGAGUCCUGUCCACUGCCCAACCCUCUAACUCCUGCCCAGAAGAAACAGCUCUACGACACGGAUUUCUUUGCUGUGCUCCACUACUUGAGGGGCUCAUCUUCUACGCAUAAGCAGUCGCUUAUCCGUUGCCGAUUAAGUAAUUACCACCUGGUUCUCUUGGCCAGGCAAAUGCGCAACGAUGCCUGCAUUCUAAAGGAGUGUCAGAAGAUUCGCUCGGAGUUAAAGAAACAGAGUUCGCUCAGCCGAAUGGAUUACUUGUUCUUGGGCCAUGCAAGUGUAGGAUUAAUGUUGGACGCACUGGAGGCUCAAAAAACAAAGUUUUCCUCGAAAGAGAUGACUGAAACAUUUCUUGAAGAGUUGCUCCUCAGGCAGAAUUUAACACAGAUUAACGUCCAGCGGGAGCAGCGCUUAGUUAAUUUAGCCAGUGAAGCUAUUUGCGCUUUUAGUUACUUCUUUCACCAGGCAGAUCAAGAGCCUCUAAGCAUUGAGGAAACUCCCAUUGAUUGGGAGGCUUUGAUUGACGACGGUGUUGCCGCUGCCAUGGCUCUUUCCAGCAUGGGCUAUCGAUCCGAAGAGGACGACGCCUGGCUGCUGCUCCUUAGGAUAGGACGUCUGCUGGAAGAUAGGUUUACCUACCUUCGGGCUCUAAACCAUUUCCUGUCGCAGAAUGAGGUUCACGCUAGAUUGCAACUUAAUCUCUCGGAGGAAGUGGAGUGGGCGGAGGAAAUGCUGGAUGAUUUGUGGCCACAGCUGCAGGCAGGGAGAUUUUUCAAGCGUCAGCAAACAACGGUGAUGCUCUGCUUUUGUCACCUGGCCAGUUAUUAUGCCAGAAUGGGUUGCAUGAGCCACGCCCAGUUGCUUUUGCUGCAAGUGGAGCAGCUUCGCGGAGAGUUUCCCGAGCGAGUGGGAAAGAGUGAUAUCGUUUUGAUCACCCUGCAAACAGUGCGUUUCAGACUGGACUACCAGCAAAAGAAGCCAAAGAGUCGCCGGAUGCUGACGCCUCUGCGACAGCUGGACACUCUUCUGGACAACGUUCGGAAUUUCUGCAACCUUUCUAGCUUGGACGGUGGCUCACUGCAACUGCUGCUCUCCACUCUCGUCAGAGAAAGCACAGAGUGUUCAGCAAAUAGAUUGAGCGAACGCCUGGCCUUCUCCAACAUCGUGCUCCAUUUGGUCCUCCAAUCUGGCUUGGCCUUAAGGGCCAUCGAGAUAUUUCUUGCCUGGCUGUGGACCAAUCUGCAGAUGGAAAACUUCGACAAGGCACAGUCGAAGCUGCGACUCAUCGAACACUGCUUGAACAUCACACCUUUGACACCCAAGGAAGUUUCCCUGGAAAAGGAAGUGGUUAAGGAUCCUGCCGUUAUCGACCUAACCAGCAACAUGCAUCUCCUUCAGCUGGUGGAGCCUAUCAGAAAGCAGCAGCAACUAAAUGUGAACUCUCCGAAGCUGCUCGUCGCGCGUCCGAAUAGUCCCAGCUCCCAAGUUACAUUGGAUCGUUACUUGAGCCUAGAUGAUGCGCCUCCUACUCUUCGCGAGAGCUCGCAGCUUCAGUGCCUCUAUUUUAUUAUGGGCUGUCUCCAUGCGCGUCUUCGUUUCCUUCAGAGGAAUAGCGAACAGCUAGACGAGUUCUAUGAAAGGUCAGAGAAUUGGCUGCAGAAAACACCAGAGAUGAGUGCCUCAAUGGGCUCCAUGUGGCAGAUGCAGCAGCUCUAUCACCUCAAUUAUCUUCGCUUUAGGCGAAAGCAUUCAGAGGCUAUAUCAACGGCUCAACUGGGUCUUAAAGUGCAGCUGCAAGCGGUGGACAUUAAUUACUCCUACAAUUUUAUGGCCCAGCUAAAGACGGCACAACUAGAGCUAAAUCCCGCGGGCAAGGAGAAACCGGUGCCGAAAACUCUUCGUCGGGCACUGGUUUUUAAUCAAUCUCCAGAAAACAAGAGCCGCGCAGCAGCAGGAUCCGCAUCUGCAGUCAAGGAAAGGGUUGCCAAAGUGAAACAGUCCGCCAAAAAGGCACCAAGGUUCAGAAUUUACGAGGAGCUCGAGCUUCGACCGCCGAGUGCUGCUAGCAACAGUAGCGGAGGAAGCGGUACUGAGAACACUCCACCCUCGGAUCACGUGGACUUCAAUACCUGCCAGCCCAUCGAGAUAAGCGACGAUGACGAUUCACCCGAGCCCCUUAAACCUUCCAAAUCAAAGCCCAGGGAGAAACCAAAGGCCAAAGCGACGACGAAAGUCAAAGAUUUGGACACCAGUUUGGAAGCAGUGGCCGUAAGUGCGAGGAGCACCAGAGCAAGGAUACGCCAGCCGGAGGAAACACCAAAGACAGCGCCGCUUUCAUCCAGAAGACCCAGGCGACAGCUGUCGGAACAGCAGGCGUCGGAAACGAAAACCAUCAACACACGCAGACGAAACCGGGAAUGAUUAGCAUAAGUAAAAAGUUAUUUUCUAUUCAAAUAAAUAAAUAUAAACUAUUUGUUACAAGAUA